AUGUCUACAGAAGUGACAAGAUCACCAAGCAGGUUGCCGGAUAUCAACCAAUCCCUUCUCCGACAACACCAGAGAAGUCACCAUGGCUCGUGGGCGCAACCGAUUGAAAAAUCCCAUCGUCAAAUCUUUGCCGCCGCAAGAGGAUAUUCAAGAUACAAGCAAAGCCGAUGA